AUGGAGGCCGCCCUCUCUCCUCCUCAGGCCUACCCGGGAUUGACCCCAACCCCGGCGAGAUGCUUCCUGGAGCGGACGGGGGAUGACCAGCGCGACCGCACAACCCCGCAACUUGGCCCUCGGGCACCUGGCGGCGGGCAGGUGCGCGACGGGGCACCAGAGGUGAUGGCUGGACAUGCCGGCUCCCAUCCAGCGGGUCAUCGACCCACCGAGCUCCGGCGGGAGAAGGUCGUCCGAGGCCAGCUGGAGAAGGGGCGCUGGAGGUUGGCCUCGCGGGAUCCAUCGCUGGCGGCUCGUCCCUCAUCGGUACCUACGACGAUAAUGUCCGUCGAGGCAGAAACGGCGCGGACCAAAACAAUAGCCAUGCCGGAAGAGGAGGCGAGCCAUUGCGCUAGCGCCAUGGACUGUCCGAGCCGGGCCUCCUCCCUCGCUGCAAUCCAAUCAUCCCCGCCCUUCUCUGACCGACGGCAUCUAAGAGGACGCACAUCCGCCACUCCUCUCCGACUGCUCCGGCCGACCCGGCCCUGGGCUGAUGACGAGCAAGAUCUGUCAGGCCUGGGCGUCUCAAUGGAAGCAGAACCAUCCGCGGGGGACGGGAGGAAGUCGUCCGGGUUGGGCUCCUCUUCUCACGGCUUCGACGAGACGAGGGAUCCACCUUGCGUGGCUACAUAUCAAGGAUGUCCUCAUCCUCUUCGCCGGUGGUGA